ACAAUAAACUCUGGAAUGAGGAAAUUGUAUUUUGAAGACAACCAAAAUGAGAACGUGUUCUGGGUGUGGCUGCAUGUGAUUUACCCAAUAGCCAAAGUGGGGGGGCGCCGAAGGGGAAAAACAGAGCGUCUGCUGCUGAAGGGAGUGGAAGCUGAGGGCUGCAGGAUGAAGACCUCUGGAACCUGUAUACUGUUUUGUGUCUUAACACUCUUCUUGUCCCCAGCCGACUGGUUUCCAUGGAUGGUCAAUGGGCAAGAACUGGAAAGUGCAACUGGUGGAGUUACCCCUGACAGCAGCUCUGGUGCAGCUGCCACACCACCUGUGCUUCUUCCUCCUGUUCAGUCUGACAGCGAAACGACAACGGCUUCAUCAGACUGCCGUGAGGAAAAGUUCCCUUGCACACGCCUCUACUCUGUUCACAAGCCAGUAAAGCAGUGUAUCAGCUACCUCUGUGUUACAAGUGUGCGUCGCAUGUACGUAAUAAACAAGGAGGUGUGCACUCGCAUUGUCUGCAAGGAGAACGAGGUCAUGCAAGAUGAGAUCUGUCGCCAGCUGGCUGGCCUUCCUCCUCGACGUCUCCGCCGAUCCGGGCAGCCCCUGCCUCUGCCUUGCAGACAGCUCCUGGAGCAGCAGCGCAGGCCUGAUGCUCUGUGAGCUACCAACAUAGGAGAGGAAAAGAAGAGAGAGAGGAGAAGUCAUCAUCCACUACCUACAGUCCAAGACAAGUGCUUCUUGUUUGUGAUUCCCCCAUUAUUUCCUUGCUUCUGUGCCUUCUUCUACAUCCUCUUGUUCAGGUGCUGCAGGGCACAGAGUACCCUCUCUGCCAGUCUGUCAUGGUAGCUGUUGUCAUCUUUAUAAUCUGUUACUGAGGACAGGGGACUCUCCCCUCUUUUCUCUCACACUCUGCCUGGCAUGCUGUGAGCUGCUCAUUUCCCAGAGGUCCUUAUAAAUGUGCUGCACCUUCUCUUGCUUUGCCCCUGGAGAGAGCCAGAAAUGGGGACAGGAUGAAGUCCUCCCCAAUGGUACAGAUGCCUUAAGCUGCAUCUCAUCUCACCUUCAUGCCCUGGGACUACUGCCCUAGAUUUCUUGCCUGGCAUCAGCAUGAGCUCGGAUGUGGUUGGUCAGCCUGAGCCUCUCUGAUUCUCCCAAGCCACCGAGUUUGUUGUGUGAUAGCACAUUCUCCUCCUUGUGUCUGCUGGCCUCAGGGAAGUGAUAGAGCUGGGAGAUGAGCUGUCCUGAACCCAAGGCACCCUUCCCUGGGUGGCAACAGAUCAUUUAUAACUACCUCUGGGAAGUUUUUGUCUCAAGCCCAUUGCCUCCUUCACACACAUCUCCUACCAAAAGGAAAAAAUCUGGAUUUAGUAUGGCAUUAUAUUUUUCUCAAAAAGAUUAUGUUGGAUCAGAGUGCUGCCUCUUCUACUCCUCCUCUCCUCUCCCCUGUUCUUGUCCCUCCCUUCCCACUGAAGACAUCUCUUGAUGCCCAUUCCAGGCAAGUUUCAGGGAGCAGUAAUUACAGCUGCCUCCACUCCUAAGCCCAAGAAAGCCCAUGAAGAACCUGUGUGACCUGACAUUACUGAGACCUUGCAAUUAAUUAUCUUGUCUUGGUGUCUUGGUCUGGCUACCUCCACACUCUCCAGUUACUGUGCCUGCUUUCAAUCUCCAGUUGAGUUCCUACCUCCUGACCUGGAAGCUCCUGCACAAAGCAGGAAGGAGUUGCAAAUUGGAAUCGGAUGUGGGAGGAGAAUCAUUAUCUGGGAUUGCUGUUUACCUGGGACCUGGGAUUUUCCAGCAUAAUCUCUGACUGUGCUGACCUGCACAGAGCCAGGUGCUGAUGGGGAAGGUAAACCUAUCUGCAGGUAUAAGUGCUUAUACAGGCCAGCCUGGGCAGAAGAAUUCACUGUGGCAGCACUGGAUGCCUGGUCUGCUCAAGGAAUUUGUUUUCUAGGUAUAUGGAGAACAUUUCCAGGUAUAUGGGCAGUUUUUGUGAUGAGACCAGAUAGGGUAAGUGGGGAAGAGCAGUCUGAAUUGUAUUAAUCACUCCAUGUGACUCUUAGUGGCAUGAUUUUGUGGGGCACCAGAGGAUCAGCAAGACCUAGGACCUCUCUGUUAUUCCCAAGUACCUAAAAGCCAAUUUGCUGGAUUUGGCAUUCACUCCCCUCACAUCGUCUGCUGAACCCUUCAGUCUUGCAGGAGCACUGCCCUGUUGCACAGAGCCAGGGUCACACAGUAUUGGGGACAGUUUGCUGCACAGAGGCAGAUGUCUCAGAAAAAGAGCAGAAACAAUUAGUGUGGGACCAUCUCGCCAGGACCUGCAUUUCUGCUGUAUGCGGCAAGAAGAUGGUCACACCCUCCCUGUGGGGGAAGACACCCUGUGCAGACAGAUUCCACAUAAGGUCAAAAUUAGCCCUAGAUGGGCUAAAUCUCUCUAUAUUUAUCCAAUGUACAGGAGAAAGAAUUCCAAAUCAUGCAAUGACUAGAAUUUUGUCCUACAUAUAGGAGCACUGCGCUGCUACUCAGAGGAUGAUGCUCCUCUGGAGUACUCCAGGCUCAUGAGACUAGGAAUGAAGGAGGGAUUUCUUUGUACUGAGAGGGUGCACAUUUCUGUGGAGAGGAGGGUAUUGAGAGCUUGAUCUCAAAGACAUUCAAGCCACUAGCCACUACUGGCUUCCAUGCCACAGGGAUACUUGUGAAAAUUGCCUGUGUGGAGGAAGGUAGGAUGGAGAUGGAUCUUGGAAAUUGGACUGGGUCAAGUCUGCUCUCUGUAUUUAGAGGUGAAUAUUCAUCACUAUAGAUACAUAACUGGGUAACAUAGCUACUGUACAACAUAUAGGAAUUUAACUUUCAUACAGGUUGGGAAGUGGUUAGAAACCUUUCUGUUGCUUGCUUUCAGCAGGGACAGGAAGAGGUGCUCCUGUCCAGGAGAACACUGUUUUAAUACUAAAGUUUAUAUAAUCCAUAUUAAAAGAAAAUUUAUUUCCUGUUAUUCUUGGCAACUCUCCUGUGUUUGGGUUUAUUUGUCCCUUGCUGUAUUUCCUCCACAUUUGUGGGGAGACUUGAUUCCAUAUCAAAUCUAUCAUCUGGAACGUUUUACUCCCUGCUAGCCUAGUCCUCUGCUGUCACCCUCCUCUCACUCAUGAAUCACAAGUCUUCCUGGGAACUCUUUUUUUUUUUUUUUUCCUAGAGAAACAUAACAUUUUCUCCAGCAUUUUUUUACCAUGGAUACCUGUGCUAGAUUUUCCUGACAAUUGUUAGCUGCUGAACACAGAGAUAACUCCUCCCAGCCCAUGAAAUUUGGGUGGAGGACCAUCUUUUUACUGUGCAUAAGCCUUGACUUUCUGGUGGAGAAUUAACAUCUCCAAAUAAAAUGGCAAGAUGACUGAAAUAA